AUGGCGACCCCGCCAGAACCAUACACGAUAUCAGUUCAGGAUUCUGCUAUUGAGAAACUGAAGAGAAAAUUGUCUGAUGCAGACUAUCCUGAUGAGUUGGACACCCCCUCACAAUGGCCUUACGGCUCGCCUCUAGCGGAUGUAAAACGGUUAGCGAAAUACUGGGAGACAGCCUUCUCCUGGCGCAAAGUAGAAGCAAGUCUCAACCAACUCCCCAACUUUCGAAAGAAAGUAGAGGUUGAGGGCUUCGGUGCCAUCGACGUGCAUUUUGUGUGGAAAAAGAGCUCAAAUCCCAACGCCAUACCUUUGCUUUUCUGCCAUGGAUGGCCUGGUUCCUUCAUCGAAGUCUCCAAGUUACUCCCGUUGCUGGAAGCUGGCGAGAGUGAAGGAAGUCCUGCAUUCCACAUCAUAGCGCCUUCCCUCCCAAACUUUGGCUUCAGCCAAAAGAUUACGAAACCCGGUUUUGCUCUAUCACAGUAUGCGGAGACAUGUCACCGUUUGAUGCAAGACCUGGGCUAUGCGAAAUAUGUUACUCAAGGUGGCGACUGGGGAUUCUACAUCACGCGCAUAAUGAGUAUUCUGUACCCGGAUCACGUUCUGGCAAAUCAUAUAAACAUGGUUCGCGCACAACCUCCCACGUUCUCUUCUCAGCCAGCACUUGCCCUACAACACGCAAUCACACCGUACACGGAUGCUGAACAGCGCGGUAUCGAUCGCUCAAACUGGUUCAUCGACCAAGGCCAGGCAUACCGCAUCUUGCAGUCGACGAAACCUCAGACCAUCUCAUACGCCUUCGCUGACAGCCCCGUGGCCCUGCUCGCAUGGAUCUACGAGAAGCUGGUCGACUGGACUGACGCGUAUCCCUGGUCGGAUGAGGAGAUUCUGACGUGGGUGAGCAUAUAUUGGUUCAGUACUGCGGGGCCAAAUGCACACGUGCGCAUCUACUACGAAGCGCAGCACAAUCCGACAGAACAGGUACCAAACAGGGACCGCGCGAGCCAAUGGGUUGAUACGGUGAAACUAGGACUAGCGCAUUUCCCCAGAGAAUUGAGUUGUGUUCCAAAGAUCUGGGGGAAAACGAUGGGUCCAGUCGUUUAUGAGAGUGACAACGAUAAGGGAGGACACUUUGCAGCGUGGGAGAGACCAGAUGUUAUCGCAGAGGAUCUGCAGAAGAUGUUCAAGAAAGGGGGGCCGUGUUUUGGUGUUAUUCCAAGUCAAAAUGGGUAUCAGGCGUAA